CACCGUACCUUCAAAAAUUGAAAUUCGAAUCGAACGUUCUCAAAUUUCAAAAUGUUAUUAAUUACUAAUGGUCUCAAUUUUUAAAUUAUUAACGAAUAAUGUACCUACACGUUGAAUAUGUAAUACUUUUGUGAUACAAUGAAAUUACGAUGAGUAGUUUGUAUAAUAUUUUCAAGAAUCGCUGUAUUAUUUAGCUAUGUAGAACAUUAACGUUUUCAUUACCAUGUUAAGUUUGAAACUUGUAAGUUAUAAAAUUCAAAAGAGCGUUUGUAGAGCGUUCAAGAAGCCGUCUCUAUUUCAUUCGACCGUUUCGUUACGAGGCAAAUGUAACUCGUCGAGUCCUCCGUGGCGAAUUUUAUUUUUCGGCAAUGACGAUUUUUCUGUUAAGAACCUUCUAACGCUGACAUCGAAAAUGCGUACUCAGACUAUAAUCUCUCGACUCGACGUAGUAACAACUUCUAAAGGAAAUGUAGUGCAUAGUUUGGCUAAAGAAGAAAGACUACUUACCUUUGAAUGGCCCAUUAGCAAAGCGCAAAUAGAAGGAAAUUAUGACAUUGGUGUGGUCGUUUCGUUUGGACGAUUAAUACCUGAAGAAAUAAUCAAAUCGUUUCCGUUGGGUAUGAUUAACGUGCACGCCAGUCUUUUACCGAGGUGGCGAGGAGCCGCACCUAUCGUUUACACGAUCCUAAACGGUGAUUUAAUGUCCGGCGUCACAGUAAUGAAAAUUCAUCCUCACAAAUUCGACAUUGGCGAAAUAGUAAGACAACAUAGCUGCAGUGUCGGCCAACAUGAAACAGCCAAACAGCUUAAAGAAAAACUAGCCGAAAUGGGUGGCCGUUUGUUGGUGGACACUUUUAAAGAACUGACCCGAAAUUUAAGAACGGCAAUGCCACAACCUGAAUCCGGCAUCACUUACGCGCCCAAAGUAGAAAAAUCAAUGGCCGUUGUUGAUUGGGAGACAUCAGAUUCAAAAUUAUUGUACAACAAAUAUCGAGCCCUUGACGGGUUAUGGCCAUUGCUGACGACGUGGCAUGGAACGCACGUCAGACUGUUUCAGGUCAAAGUCAAUCGGAACAAUUUGCCGAAUGUGAGCGACCAGUCAACGCCGGGCGCAAUAGUGUACGACAAACGGAAACGUAUACUUUUGGUUAAGUGUGGCGGCAAAGGAGGAUAUAUAUCAGUCGGACAGGUCAAAAUUUCCGGAAGUAAAAUCAUGUUUGGAUACGAUUUCUAUAGCGGUUAUGUGGGUAAACGGCCAGAAUGUGACCGCAAGUUUACGACUACGCGACUGGAUUGAUUUCUCGACUGAUAGAUCUGUAAUACAACUGAUGGUUCUGUUACAUUUGUUUUAUUUUAUUAGUAACCAUAAUUGAUAUUGUAUAUGUUUUGUUUAGUUAGUAAUAAUAAUAAUAAUAAUACAAAGCAAAAAUUACAAAUAUUGCAUUUGAAAAUUUCGGGAGAGAGUCUGUCCUAAGUAUUAAGUAUACAUAUCGCUCUUAAAUUGAAAAAAUAUGUA